AGCUUUUUCCAUGCGCAGCCAAGCCGAGUAACAGUCUCACAGCUGAACUUCCAUUCAUUGCUGCCACAAUGUCUUUCUAUCAGAGCUCCUCUUCCUCCUACGGUGGUGGUCUGGGUGCUGGCGGGGGAUCCAGCCGCAUCUCCUCUGGCCGCUUUGGAUCAUCCAGCAUCCAUGGUGGAGGCGGUGGCCGUGUGUCUUCCUCCUCCGUUAGGCUUGUCUCUUCUGGAGUAGGAGGUGGUUAUGGAUGUGGGGUAGGAGGAGGUUUAGGAGGCGGCUAUGGCACUUCCUUGGUUUCUGGUGGUGGUCUUGGCUACGGCGGUGGCUUUGGUGCUGGAGGAGGCUAUGGAAGUUGCUUUGGUGCUGGAGGUGGAGGUGGAGGCGGCUAUGGCUUUGGGGACUUUUUGGCCGGGGGUGGCGGCGGCGGCGAUGGAGGCCUCCUGAGUGGGAACGAGAAGAUUACCAUGCAGAACCUGAACGACCGCCUGGCCAACUACCUGGACAAGGUGCGUGCUCUGGAGGAAGCCAACACUGAGCUGGAGGUGAAGAUCCGAGAGUGGCACAUGAAGCAGGCUCCCACCAGCCCAUCCAGGGACUACAGCCACUAUUUCAAGAUCAUUGAGGACCUCCGUGACAAGGUAAGAUCAUUCAUAGACUUGUAGAAUUGUAGAGUUGCAAGGGACCCUGAGGGUCCUCUAGUUUACCCUUGUGCAGUGCAGGAAUCUCAGCUAAAGCAUCCAUGGCAGAGGGCCGCCCAACCUCUGCUUAAUAAAAGCCUCAAGGAAGGAGAGUCCACAGCCUCACAAGGAGGAUAUGCCAGUGAUGAGAGAUGGCUUUCUGAAGCUUCCAUCUUCUGAUACUUUGUUGCUGUAGAAAAUGGCAAAUUUAAUCACGAUGUAUCAGAUAUCAUCAUCAUUCCUAUGAUGCUUACAAUCCAUCUUUUGGCAGGAAUCUAUGGUACAAUUCCUGAUUUGGAUUGUGGAAGUAAUUGUUUUUAUCAUGCUAAAUCAAUAAUAAUAACAACAACAACAACUGAUAAACGUAACUGAUUUGAAAAAAAAUGAAGUUAAGGGACAUCACAAAAUUAGCAAGACAUGAUUAAAAGUGUUUAGGACCAAGCCCAGACUAAUUCAGUUAGGUUGUUUGUGGGACAGAAAAGCAAACAGCGACUAGUCAUUCACUCUGAUGUGCAUAGCUUUGCUGCAAUAAACUACUGAAGUUUCUAACUUUCAUAUUGAACCAGAAGAUAAGUCAUGGAGAAAACUUCACUUCUGUGUUAAGUAAAGCUUCACCACCUUAAUUUCUGACUAUGAGACUAAUGUUAAAAGUACAGGAGUAGAGACUGUUAUGGUACUGGCCAAUCUAUUCCAUGAAUUUACCGUUGUAACCUGGGAUUUACCCAUCACCCUAUCUGCAUCCUAGGCUCUGGGUGUGUUUCAUGCCAUGCCUUGGGUGGGCUUAAGCCCUCAGAUCUGCAAGUCUUUUAUCUUUGAUUCUGAAUAGUGCAGAGGGUGGUUGUGGUUACAUAGCAAUGAAGGAAAGGAACUGUGUACAAGUUCCAAGGCACUCAGCUACUGCCCCAUAAAAUCCGAGGGACUGGGUUAUAGAAAUGUAUGGCUGUUUGGCACUUGUUUGAGUGCAGCCUGAUGCCUUAUUGCUAAGUGACAAACCAAUCACUUAAUGAAUGAAUCCCACUGAGAAGCAUUGUGUUUAAGGGGAAAUGAAGACUCUGACACAUUUGCUCUGUGAUGCCUCACUACACAUGCAAGUAAACAUGGGAUGUUGCAGUCAUCAGUGGAUGAGCAUGCACAAGCGAGCAACUGACCCUAAAUUUCUAGUCUGUGCCCACCACUGCAGUAAGCUCCUUGGAGCUAAUAAACUAAUAACUUGCUUGCAUUAUUCACUUCACUAGGUCUUUAUUAGUAAUAAACUAAAGAAAUGGCCCAUGAUGGGAAAACCAGGGGGCUCUAUUUAGUCCAGGGAUGGGGAACUUGUGGUGGUUGAGCUGUUGCUGGGCUCCAGCUUCCAUCAACCCCAGUCAGCAUGGUCAGGGAUGGUGGAAGCUGUAAUUCAAGAGCAGGAGGUGAGCCAUCCCUGCUUUAGGUGAGCGAUUCCUGCUUUAGGAUGUCAUUGGAAGGAAGGUCUCCCUUCCGUCAUUCACUUUUGUCCAGAUGUUGUGGGACGCCCUUCUCCAUCACUCCCAGCCAGCAUGGCCCAAUGGAAACAACAACCGAAGGACCACAGAAUCCUCACCCCCAAUUCAGACCACAGAUAUUUGCUUUUGUGGUAUCUGUUCAAACAUGCCCCAAACUGGAAACCUUCCCACACAUAUAUCAAAUACUGAUGCUCUUGACUGUGUCAUCCACCACUUCUUAUAGCUGAGAAAUGGUGUCUCUGCUGUCCUCCACCAUUUUCCUAUGAAACUCCAUUAAGACCAAUACAACCCUCUCCAAUAUUAGAAGAGGGCUGGGCACAUUGCUAUUUAUCAUCCCUAUAGGGCUUCACUGUGCACUCAUUUUUUCUUCCUCCUCAUUCAUCCUCACCAACAAUCCUGUAGAGCAGAUCGUUUUGUUUCCCUUUAGACUUGGAUGAGCUAAGAUUAAUAUACCGAGGGCAUCAAAUCCAGCAAAACAGACAUUGUCCCACUGAAGUCAGUGGAACUUAAUUGCACAUUAAAUGCCCAGCCUGGGAGCAGCUAAUGUGGUGCCUUCCAGAUGUUGUGGUCUGCUUCUAUCAGCUACAGCCACCAUGGCCAAUGGUCAUGGGUGGUGAAAAUUAUAAUCUACAACAUCUGGAGUCCCUAUUGAUUUCAAGGGGCACGGAGUACUUUUGUUAGAUCUGGAAGUCCAGAUUGGCUUGAGCAAAGUCUGAACUCAGUUCCUCUAGGUCCAGAUCCAAUGGGCCAGAUCCACUGGAUCACAACCAUAAUUAACUUUGCAUUUAUGAAAGAUGUGGCAGUGUACCUUUUAUAGCAAUAUAUAAAUCCAUUUUUUGAAAAGAAGUUUGCAUUUCAUAUGACUACAUUUCAGGAGGAACAGCUUCUAAACGCUGCUCUUGCAUCAUUUAAGGUAGAGUUCCAUGUCAUCCUAGACUAUUUCAAAGAGUCCUUGGGGAGUCAUUACCCCCCAUGCCAGAAGCUAGAAUCCCAUUCUAAGGGCUGCAUAUUCUCCAUACCCUUAGAUAUAUGGCUGGAAGUCAUAAUAAUUUUAUUUUAAUGAAAUAUUAAGAAGUCUGCCAGUCAAUUAUACUGCAUUGUAGAUUAACUGCACCUAAACUUAUUCAGUCAAGGGCUCACCUGUACAGGAAUGGGUCUGCUACUUUAAUUCGGAUGGCUCAUCUUCUACUGAAAUACAUAAAACUGCCCUUGGAUGUUUGCCAAGAAAAAGAUGGCAGACAACUGUUUGGGUAGAACAUCCUUUAUUGCAAAGGUUGGAACAGAGCCUCAGUUGGGUCCCAGACUAUAAUUCUCUGAGGGGAAAAAACAUAAUGUAAAAAAAAAGAAGGAACAGAUCACACUAUGCCAGAUGGGAGGAUGCUAAGACUUGCCAGGAAAGAAAUUAGGUUAACUAGUUUUUCCUCAGAAAAAUCCUAGGCAGCUGAAGAAGUUUGUAUGAAUUAAUUUCAAAUUUAGUCAUCCAGAACAGCCUUCCCCAAGCUGGUGAUCUCCAGAUGUGGUUGGACUACAACUCCCAUCAUGCUUGACCAUUGGCCAAGCUGACCGGGGCUGAUGGAAGUUGGAGUCCAACAACAUCUGAAGGGCACCAUGUUGACUAAUGUCAGUCUAGAAUAUCUACUGCCCUCUAGAUGCAAAUUCACAAUCACUAAUGUUGAUGUCAUGACCUGUACAGAUCACCCACAAAUUAAGUCCCUGACAAUUCUCCACUUGAACAACCAUUGCAUUCUCAGAUAAUGAAAAAUGUUUGCUAACAUUCAUGGGCCCUCCUCUCUUCUCUGUUCCUUUGGUAUAGAUCCAUCAUGCCACAGUUGACAAUUCAAGGAUUGUCUUGGAGAUUGACAAUGCCAGGCUGGCUGCUGAUGACUUCAGACUGAAGUAAGUUUCUUCUCUAUUCUUUUUUCCGCUAUUCGAGGUCUCUCACUGGGGGAAUGGAAGUGAGAGAGGAAUGAAGGAAAAAGGAAAGGAAGUGAGGGACAGAAAGUUUGGUGGAGGGUGUAUUUAAAAUAUCAGCUGAAAGAAAACCAGAAGGGGAGGGAGGGAUGAAGACCUCAAGAAAUACAUCUCAAGAAAUACAGGUGGCAGACUUUAUUGGAGAAUGUUUAUCACCCAUUAUUGACUUUUUCCUUUUUCUUUUUUGAAACUGGCAGAUAUGAGAAUGAGCUGCACCUCCGCCAGAGUGUUGAGGCUGACAUCAAUGGUCUGCGCAGAGUCCUGGAUGAGCUGACUCUGUCCAAAUCUGAUCUGGAGAUGCAGAUCGAAGGGUUGAAGGAAGAUCUGGCUUACCUCAACAAGAACCACGAGGAGGUGAGUGAAGGAAAAAGAAAGGGGCAGGGAAACUGCAGCCAACUUUACAAUUCAGUUUGGGGGCAUCCAUUAAGAGGUGUUGGGUCUGCCUUUCAAUGUGAGCGUCGUACACAAAAGUUGCAUGAAUUACAUAAGAGAAUAAUCCCUACAGAAGUUCAUAAACAGGAGCCCACAAGUGGCAAAGCAGGGGCUCACCAACGGCAACCCCCCCAAAAAAAAUUAUGAAGCUUACCAUAUGAGCUGACCAUUCCUGACAAAGCUACUGGCAAAAGAGCACAGAGUGCCUCUUUCAAAAUGGCACCAGAAUGCAUCUUGGGGUGCAGCAUCAAUGUUGUGGAUCAGAGGGAGGGGUUGCAACAAGCUUACAAUCCCUCGCCCACCUUCUCUCUUGCACACAUGGCAGGUUACUCCUUCCCUAGAAACCUCCUUCCCUGAGCGGCAAAUACAAAGGGCCACAAUUACUUUCCCCCUUCAGGAAGCAAGAAAGCCAGGCCUUCUUGACCAAUAGAAACAAUGGUUGGGUACCAAGCUUAGCAGAAAUGUGCGCAGCCCUGUUGCAUGUUGCCAUUUGCCGUUAAUCUCACGAAGGCCAUUCUACACAGCAAGGCUUCCAAGUACAUCAUGACUUAUUGCAGAAUGCUGAAAGGGGCAACCCGUUGCCUACUGGGGGAAUCCUCACCUAUGUCCUCUCCCUUCUUGCCCUACCAAGCUAAUGAAAGAGUACAACACUCAACUGACGGGAACCGUCAACGUCGAGAUGGACGCCGCGCCCGGAAUCGACCUCACCAAAGCUCUGGCUGAGAUGAGAGAGCAGUACGAACAACUGGCGGACAAGAAUCGCAGAGAUGCGGAAGCCUGGUUCUUCUCGAAGGUAGGGGCUUCUCUCCUAGGGACUAGGGACCGAAAGAAUAUUGCCUGGUUCAACAGAUCACUUUCAGGGUCUUGAGCCCCUCCAAAGAAUCUUAGGAACUGUAGUUUAAUGAGGACUCUGCUAAAAACCCUUCUGAGAGUUGGUUUUCAGGGCCCCCCUCUGAAAAAAGGAAAAUGUGUAUUAACACAGUUCCACUCUGCAGACCCAGAUGUUGCUCCCAUCAUCUCUGACCAUUGGCCAUGUUGGCUGGGGGUGAUGGGAGUUGGAUUCCAUCAAUAUUUAGAGGGCCCCUGGUUCCUCAUCCCUACUAUACCUCCUUAACUGGGAUGAAGUCCCAUUCAACACAGUGUGACAUUCAUAGGUUUGCACUGUCAGUCUGGCGUAUGUAUUACUUAUAGCAUGAUUUUUUUCCUUUUCAUUGUAAAGAUUCCCAGCAUGAAACUUUUUCACCCUCCUUCUUUCAGACUGACGAACUGAACCGCGAAGUGGCCACCCACACGGAGCAGAUACAGAGCGGCAAGAGCGAGGUUUCGGAACUGAGGCGCACGAUACAGAGCCUGGAGAUUGAGUUGCAGUCACAGCUUAGCAUGGUAUGUGGCAACUUCCUUGAAUGAAGUUGACUGACAGAUAAAGGGCCUACGAAUUGCCAUGCUGGGGUCACUCCAAUGGCAUAGCUAGUUGGCAUAUUUUGUCUAUCCAACGUGGCCAACCAGACGUCUUAACGGCACAGACAUUCCCAACGGAAGUAGGUAGUGAGAGCUACCCUCACUGUUACUUCCUGCAAGUAUCAGUAAUCGGCGAUACUCAAACUUUCAUGAGAUCUAGAAACACCGACAGAUAGAGCGUUGGUCAUCAGCACUCUGACAGAGGUUUGCGGUUUGCAGUGUUUGUAGAUUUCUGGAUCUUCUGCUUUUUCUCCCUCAUUAGAAAGCUGGCUUGGAAACCAGCUUGGCAGAGACAGAAGGACGGUAUUGCGCUCAGCUGGCCCAAAUCCAGAACCAGAUCUCUGGUGUGGAAGAGCACUUGGCCGAGUUGAGGAACGACAUGGAGCGCCAGAACCAAGAAUACAAGAUGCUCAUGGACAUCAAGACACGGUUGGAACAGGAGAUCGCCACCUACCGCAACCUGUUGGAGGGCCAGGACUCCAAGUACGUAACUGGGCAAUCAGAAUAAGCCACCAAAGGGGAGAGAUCUCCCAAAGGCUUCAUCAUAUGUGAUAUUUUUAGGUGUGCAUCUAAAACAGUGUUUAAGGUCCUCCCCCAUACAAAUGUAAAGCAUGAUUAUGAGAAAAAAAUGCUUGAAAUCAAGUGUAUCUUAUAGAUGUUCUCUUAGAGAGCCAGUGGCAACUUUUGGAGUAUCCAGUUAGUGACAAAUCAGAUUUCUUUUUAAUAAUAAUAAUAAUAAUAAUUUUUAUUUAGACCCCGCCCUCCCCAGCCAAGGCUGGGCUCAGGGCGGCUAACAAGCAAUAAUAAAAACAAGUUGAAUGAAUACAACUUAAAAACAAAAUUAAAAUACAACAUUAAAAUAUUGAAACAUUAAAAUAUUAAAAUGUAGCCUCAUUGCAGGAGGAGAAAGGAAAAGAAAAAAGAAAGACGGGGAGGGAAUCAAAUUGGCUCCAAGCCAAAGGCCAGGCGAUGCAUAAAAAUGGCCCUGAUUUUAUUGGCCCGCCUCUUAGAAACACCAGUGCUGAGAUUGAUGUCAAUUUCAUUUUUAGAAUGGGAAGAGGUGUGCAAAUUCUAGGUCAUCCCUAAGACAUUGAAAAAUGGCGCGCCUGCUUUUCUGACCAGUUUUCUGUUUCUGCUGCUUACUCCGUGGACAGUGGGGCCUGCCCCCAUGUCUGUUAUUCUAAAGGUGUAGGUUGCCUAUUUCUAUCAAUAGCGAUACUAGAAGUGACACCCAUUGCAUCAUAAGAACUCAAGCCCUGGUGGAGCAGGCAAAUGGCCCAUCUAAUCCAGCAACUUGUUUGCACUGUGGCCAAUCAGAUGCCUGUGGGAAGCCUGCGAGCAAGAGCCAAGCAUAAGAACCCUCUUCUCUCCUGUGGCUUCCAGCAAGUGGUGCUCAGAAGCAUGACAGUCUCCAACCAUGGAGGCAGACCAUGGAUAGCAGAUGUCAAUAGCCCUCUCCUCUGCGAAUUUGUCUAUUGCUCCAUCACUUCUCUGUCCAGUGGGAGGGUUAAGGAGAAACCUUAUUUUACCUCACUGAAAACAAUGACCAUAAAAAGUUUUCAGCUUUGUCUGACUUUAGAUUUACUUUGGGGAUGUGAUGUCCCAUGAUAUCUCAACACUGAGAGUGGGUAUUUUCAGCUCUUCCUGUCCUGAUGUCUCUGCUGUGACCUUGCUGAUGUCUUCUUUCCCAGGGAAUAGUUUCAUAAUUUGGGAAAGGGCAAUAUUGUGAAUUACAAUUCAUUUUGCAUUCUCUGUUAACUAUCCACAUUAUAAUAAAUCCAUUAUUCAAUGGGGUCAGCAAUCCCAAUGGCCAGCCAUAUCAGAAGGUGCCCUACUAUAUCUCAAAGCAUCUUUUGUCCUGUUGUUUCUGACACAUCUGGGGACAGAGAUUCCCCAGGGCAACUACUGUUGCUCGUAAUGAUCUAUUAAUUGCCCUUUCUUUUCCUCCUUCUUUACAGGAUGACAGGAUGGUCAAAGGAAGGUAAGGAUUCCCACUGCCAUAUAAAAUAUAUUUGUGAAGUGAGCCCGGGUGGGUUCUUUUGCUGCAGAAGAUGACUUGCAAUGCUGGUCUUUGUUUCUGGAAGGCUAAUGAUACUACACGCCCCAAGAGGGAGCUGCAGAACCAUAGUCAGAUAUAUGCAUUGUAUAUAGAAGAUCACAGGUUCAAAUCUUCAGCCAUCAGUUAAAGCAGGAGCAGCCAAAAUAGUGCCCUCAAGAUGUUGUUGGACUACAACUCCCAUCAGUCCCAGCCUAUGGUCAAGGAUGGUGGGAGUUGUGGUCCAGCAACAUCUGAAGGGUGUCUACCCUUGAGUGAAAGGAUCUCAAGGUUUGGGAUGGGAAAUAUCUCUGGCUGAGAUAGUGGAGGAUUUCUUAUCAGUCCAUGUGAGCAGCAUUGGUUUGGUCUAAGGCAGAGGUGAGGAACCAGUGACCCUCCAAAUGUUGCUGGACUACAACUCCCAUCAUCCUUUGCCAUUGACCCUCCUGGUUGAGGCUGAUGUGUGCUGAAGUCCACAGCCUUUGGAGAGCCACAGUUUCCCCACCCCAGUCUUGGAGCAAAACUGCACAAUAUGUUAAGCAUGGGUGCUGCUAUCGAAUAUGUAUGUCAGGACACUGACAUGCACGCGGAAUGGGGACUGAAUUUUCCACCCCAGUUCUGCAGUCACAGCAAAAAUUGCCUUCCACCCAAGUUGCAUUUUGCCUUAGAAGGAAAUCUUGCAUUGGCAUGAUAUGCAGUUUGUCUCAAAGUUGUAAUGCUUCUUCUAGCUUGUUUCUCCAAAAAGCUUCUCUAUACAGUACCUAGAGACCUUUCAAGCACACAGAUGCACAUCACUUCCCCUUAAAACUUUGUUAGGCACUUGCAACUGGGUAAAACCCUCGUUCUUGAGACUGAGAGUUCUAGGUUACACAAGCAAAAAAACAGCAGUCUGUACUCCUUCACCCACCCAUUUUCUCAGCCCCUAACUACACUGUCAGAGUCAUUUGAGUUAUUCUAACAGGGAUGGGGAAUCUGUGUCCCUCUGGGCAUCACUGGACUCCGACUCCCAUCAUUCCCGAUCAUUGGUCAUGCUGGCUUGGACUGGUGGGAGUUGGAGUCCAACAACAUCUGGAAGGCACAAGGUUGAGGAAUGCUGGUAUACUCAAUCUUGGAAGCAAAAAACUGAAGAAGAUCUGGGAGGUCAUCUAAACCACAUUCACACUAUACAUUUAAAGCACUAUGACACCACUUUAACACACCAUGGCUCCCGAUCCCAAGAAUUCUGGGAGCUGUAGUUUGUUCAGGGUCCUGAGAGUCGUUAGGAGACGCCCUAUUCCCCAUUUGCAGAGUAGUUUCACAGCCAGUCCCUCCUCACGGGGAUCCAGACAUUUCCUCCUGGUUUGAAGAUUUUGGGGGUGUGGGGGAUAUAAGAAAACCCUGCAAUCCUGUACAUACUUACCUGGGAGUUAGUCCUAUUGAACGUAGUGGGCUUUACUUCCAAGUAGAAAUGCAUAAGGUAGACAAUCAGAGAAGGAAGAUUACUGUCUGACUUAAAAUGGUCACCAUGGCACGCUGUUUAUGGAAUUCGAAACCAGUGAGGAUUUGAGGUUGUAUGCAACGCAGGGGUCUCACGAUGUCCUUCAUUAAUACGUUCUUCCACUCUUUCUCUCAGGAUCCCAUGGUGGAGGUAGCACCAGCAUCAGCUACCACAGUAGCAGCAGCGGUGGCGGCAGCGGCAGCGGCGGUGGCAGCGGCAACUAUGGCAGCAGCACCACCAUCACAACCAGCAAAAAGCACUCCACCAGCAACUUCUGAAUCUCCUGAGGAACGACGCUCCGGUUCCAAAAGCUGUGCUCAGCUAUGGGGAGAAACCUGCCCGCAAGACGCCCACAGCUCACUGCGAUUAACGCAUGCACCCCUCCUUGCUUUACUCAAGUGUGCCUCGGCUUGGCCACUUUCUUAACGGCAUCCCCUCACCAGCUUUGCCUUCCUCGUCAUCAUCACGACAGAUGCACGUUUUUGUAACGCUCUCAAUAAAGAGGUCUCCUCAAGCUCUUUUUGCAAAUAA